GUAGCGCGCACAUUUUUAAUUAAAACGAGGCUUCCCCGAGCUCUACACGAUCUUUCUUUGCAAAGUUAUAGAAUUUACAAGAAAAACCCUAAAUGUUCAUUGUUAGCUCAAAGCUACAGAAAUAAGAAAAAAUUAAAUUAGGGCUUUUCUUGUAAAUUCUAGAACUUUGCAAAGAAAGAUCGUGUAGAGCUGGAAGAUAUCUCGCUUUAAUCAGAAAUGUGUGCGCUACAAUUAUGUCUCAUUAAGAAAGAUUUUGGUUCUUUUUUAGAGUUUCUGAAAAACUAGUUUUUCAGAAAACCGGGUCUUCAAAAGCCAUGAAUGCAAAUCCUUUUAGGAUUUUUACUAGCUCGAUAUACUCUAUCGAUUGGGAGAUAACUCAUUAAAAACGGAGAGUAUCACCUCGGGCGGUUCCCUCAUUAGAACAAAUGUAUAAGUUUUCGACACAUUUCGAGAACACUGAGAUAUAAGAACGAGAUUUCUUCUUCAGUUAAAACGUACAUAUUAUGAAAAUCUAUGAAAGAUCAUCAAUUGACCGACAAACCAUUUAAUUCAAUCGACAAAACAUUUAAUGCACUUUUCACGUUCAUAUAGCGUAUAUUUUAUAUUUUAUUAGGAUUCAAAGUUGGUAUUAAUUCUCAGCCACCCACAUGUAUACCUGGCUCAGAUAUGGCAAAAUCUCAUCGUGCUGUUUGCUUGUUGAGUAAUUCAACAUCGAUUGUUGAUCUAUGGAAAAAUUUAAAUCGAAAAUUUAAUUUGAUGUAUUCGAAACGAGCAUUUAUUCAUUGGUAUGUUGGAGAAGGAAUGGAAGAGGGUGAGUUUUCGGAAGCUCGCGAAGAUUUGGCGUCUUUAGAAAUGGAUUAUAAUGAAGCUGCUCGACCAUUAUCAACACAACAAGAUGAUUGCGAUGAAUAUUAA